AGUCGCAAUUUAAUUAAAAAUUUUAAAAUGUUUACAAAAUUUUCUUUAUAUCUAAAUCAACAAGUACGCCGAUUCACCACUUUUAAUUCAAAGCUAAAUAAAUGUAGUUCCAUUGACCCUAAUUUACUUGAUCAAGCUCUCAGAAAACUAUAUGCCGAAUACGUCAGUAUACCAAUUGUUAUAGGAAAUCAAAUGAUUUUUACGGGAGAUGAGCAAAAUUUACGUAUGCCCCAUAAUCAUAGACGCGUAGUGGCUAAGUACUAUUAUGCUACCAAAAAUCACAUCAAUUUGGCUAUACAAAAAGCGAUUAAAGUUCAAGAAUCAUGGAGUUGUGUCGAUGUCAAAACAAGAUCAAACAUUUUUCAUAAAACUGCUAAUACUUUAUCUGAUAUAGAUAAAAAAGCCGAUCUAAUGUCAGCUAUAAUGUUGAGUCAAGCUAAAACCAAACAAGAUGCCGAAAAAGAUGUUAGCAAUUUAAUUUUGAUGUUAAGAACUAAUGCAGAUGCUUUAAUACAAUUGUCAGAGUUAAAGUUGCCCACAAUAUCCGAAAAACUCAAGAGUAGAUAUUUGUUAAGGCCAUUAGAUGGUUUUGUAGCUGCCACUGGUCCUCUCUACAUGUCCUGGAUAGCAGCAAAUUUGGCCUUAACUCCACUUCUAAUGGGUAAUUCAGUUUUAUGGAGGCCACCAGCAAAUUGUGUGCUUACAUCUUUUAUAAUAUUUAAGGCUAUUAUAGGAGCUGGUAUACCACGAGGAGCUUUGCAGUUUCUGCCCUCUAAUUAUAAACUUUUCUUUAAUACUGUUAUUAAAUCCAACAAUUUGGCAGGUAUAAAUUAUGCUGGACGAGUUACGACCUUGAGAACACUUUGGCAUGAUCUUUCAAUACGUUUGCCACACUAUAAAUGUUUUCCUCGUCUUGUCGGUGAAUGUGAUAGUAAGGGGUUUCAUUUUGUUCACGAAUCAGCUGAUAUCGAUUUGGUGGUAGAUCGCACAGUACAAGCUACUUUUCGUUACUCUGGUCAAAGAACAUAUUCCUGUGCUCGUUUCUAUGUGCCAAAAACAUUGUGGCCUAAACUAUGUUGCCAAUUACAAUCGGAAGUUCAAGCUCUUAAAAUAGGUGAUCCCACCGAUGAGAAUUCUUAUGCAUCUGCUAUUGUACGUGAGGAUAUUUAUGAUGAUGUUGUUUCUUAUCUAGAAUAUGCUAAAUGUAAUGAAAACCUCGAAAUUCUUAUGGGUGGAAACUAUACGAAGACUCAUGGUUUUUUCAUAGAACCAACUAUAUUGGUUUGUCAAGAUCCCAACGAUCGUUUAAUGAUCGAUGACAUUAUGGGUCCUAUAUUAAGUGUAUAUGUUUAUGAGAAUAAUAAAUUAAAUGAGGCCUUAGAAACGGUAAUAAGUUCUCAAAAAUUUGGUAGUUGUGGUGCCAUAUUUUCCUCCGAUAAUAAGAUCAGUGAACAACUUUUAAAUAAACUACGCAUGACAGCCAGUAAUUUGUAUGUAAAUGAACAAUGUUCUGGUCAAGAUAGAAGCCACCUGCCUUUGUCAGGCAAUCGUUUGUCCGGUACGAAUGAUAAAAAUGGUUCAGCUUAUUAUUUGCUACGAUUUGCAGCGCCACAACUAAUAGAGGAACCAGUGAAAGAAUCUGUAGUUAAAAAUGAAAUAGAAAAUCUAAAUUGUUCGUGCUCAUAACUCUUCCUGACUAAAUUUAAAUAUGUUUUGUGUUACAUAACAAUUCAUAUGUAAUUCGUUGGUAUAAUAAAAAUAAUACAUAUUAUUAACUUUAAAAUUUUUU